CCAUCCUCAACAAUUGGUGCUUAGCAACGAACAUGAAGGUUUACGUGGUGGCUUUGUGUGUGGUAGCAGCUGCCUCGGCCCUGCCGAUGGCCAAGGAAGAAGGAGCAAUGGAGAAGUUCAUCACCACAUUAAGGGAUUGCGUGGAGACCGACACCUUGCUGUGCUUGAAGGAAAAAGCAAUGAAGUACACAGAAAACCUCGCAAACUCUAAGGACAUGAGCGUCGUCGAUGGCAUCUCCUUCACCAGAACUGGAAGCCCCCGAUCAGCCCGAAGCUACGAGCCUCUCCCUGAUGACCCCAAGGCCAGGGAAUCCCAGAUAGAAGAAAGGAUCCUGGACAAUGUGGUUGAUUUCCUGGACAACCAUGCUCUACAGCUGAGAAUGCCCAGGGUUUUCGAAGACGACAACUCAGUAGGUGAUGAGGAAGGUCGUGGCAAGAAGAAGAAGAAGCUCAAGAAACUACUGCCCAUCCUCGCUCUCAUCAAGCUGAAGUUGGCCGCCCUCGUUCCUUUGUUCUUAGGUAUCAUCGCCUUCGCCGUCUUCAAGGCUUACCUCCUCGGAAAGAUCGCGUUCAUCGCCGCUGCCUUUGGUGCUAUCAAGAAGCUUCUUGAGAAGAAAUCCAGCGGUGGAUGGUCCGAGCCAGCUCACGAAGAGCACGGUUGGGAAAGCGGUGGCGGUGGCGGCUGGGGCAGGUCCCAAGACGCUCAAAGCCUAGCGUACGGUGCCCACGCUAAGCAAGCGUAGGUCUAAAUUAAUUUAAUAAUUUAUUAACCAGCUCCAAAGAUUAGGAGCCUCCAUUUUAUUUGGCUCAUCAAGGGCCUUCAUAUUUUCUUCAUUUAACUUAACCACCGUUUCAUUUUUAUGACAAUGGUUCUAUAUGGAUGAGUGUGAGUCGCGAAUGGUCUUAACUGUAUAUUUUACGUUACAGUAUUUUUUAUAUUUUCCUUUUUAUUUUAUUGAUAUUUAUUUUAUUUUACUUGUAUCUGUCAACAUCUAUUUAUCGUUUCGUAUUUAUCUGUCAUUUAGAUAGUUUAUAUUUAUUAUAACACUCUAUUACUCUUCAUAUCAUAUUAAUUACGUAUCUCUAUCUAUGUACCUAUAUUGUACUCGUACGUAUAUAUUUAUAUAUUUUAACACGUAUCUAUUUUGUGUAAAUAUUUUACAAGUAUUGUCUUAAUCUCUUUAGAGAGUACUUUAUUUGUUUACCAAAUAUUUUUUAAGUUUUUGUUCCAAAGAUAUUUUAUUUUAUUUGUGUAUUUAGAUUUUUUAGUUGUUCUUAUUUUUUAUUUAGUUAAUUUUUCGUGUGAUUUAAUUAUGAGUCAUAUUUAUUGCCGUAUGUUAUGUUUUACGAUUGAAUGUUAAUUUAUUAUUACGUUAAGUAAUUUAUUUUACGAGGAUCCGCGUAAAAACGAAUAAACGAAUUCAUACAAUAA